UAUAGUUUCUCAACUAAUAAGUUAGUCUAAUUAGUAUUCAGCUUUCGAAAUUACUCAUGUUAUGGGAAUACUUUUUUUAUAUCUAUAGAGUUUAGAAAAAAGUGCUACUUAUAAGAAUAUAAUUUACCUGGUAAAAAUAUGGAUUGCGGAAUCCACUGCUAGUCCUCUGCAGUAACUCUAUUGCGAUGUGAAAGACAAACAAACUAAUAACUGCUUUCAGAUAAUGUAAUGUCAAACAAAAAUGUUUGUAAGUUUCCAUUGGCAUAGGCUUAAAAACAUGGCGUUUUACUGAUUUUUUGAAGAUCUAGAACAUUCCAAAGGUUGGCGAUCGAAGCUAUAAGAUGGAAUGCGCGCGAAAUCAUAGUUACAUUAUUUUAAUGUGUAUAACCGUAUAGCGCUAUGUUCAGUUGACAAUUGACUGCAGUAAGGGACACACGUGUGUGUGCUUUCGUGUGUUGUGAUUAAAAGUUAUGAUAUAUUGUUAUUUUUUCGUGUAAUUGAAUAAAGAUAAUAAAAAUGGUUGCCCGCCCACGUUCUCCCCACGGGGCAUUGAUACCACAUUUCUACGCGGGACGGUCCCUUUUUAUAACGGGGGCAACUGGGUUUAUGGGGAAGGUCUUAAUAGAGAGGCUGCUAUCCACCUGCCCGGACAUAGGUACCCUGCAUCUGCUGAUGCGUCAUAAAAAGGGGAUAACCCCGGACAAGAGACUCCAUCAGCUGAAGCAAUCGCAGGUAUUCGAUGUACUCAGACAAACAAACCCGAAACAACUGGACAAGCUCAGUAUCGUACCUGGUGAUGUGUCCCAACCGAAUCUGGGGAUUUCCCCGGAAAACUUACAUUCGUUGCACGAGGUUUCCGUAGUAUUCCAUUCAGCGGCCACACUGAAAUUCGACGAAGCGCUUCACACGGCUGUAGAUCAGAACGUCCUAUCUGUUAUACGGCUGAUGGAUAUAUGCGACAAUUUGCCCAACAUAGAGGUGCUCGUCCACGUGUCAACAGCGUAUAGUAAUCCUGAGCACUCCUCAAUAGAAGAAAGGGUGUACACUCCACCAGCGCCUCUGCACCGUCUGCUGGCGCUCGUUGAAGCUGUACCGGAAAACCUGAUGCAUAAUAUCACUCCGCAGUACAUCCAUCCAAAGCCUAACACAUACACAUUUACAAAAGCAAUGGCCGAAGAAGCUGUAAGAAGUCGUUCAUCACGGCAAUACCCAGUCGCCAUUUUUAGGCCUACUAUAGUGGUGUCCUCCUUACGACAUCCAUUUCCCGGAUGGGUCGAGAACCUAAACGGCCCCAGCGGGGUUGCGGCCGCCGCGGGCAAGGGGCUUCUGCACGUGUUCAGGCGGGGCCCCACGAAACGGGCAGAUUUAUUGCCCGUUGAUAUCGCCAUUGACACCCUGUUGGCCGUGGCUUGGGAGACAGCUAUCGAUAAACCAACAUCAGUAAAGGUGUACAACUGUAGCACUUGCGAGAACCCCACGAAAUGGGCAGACUUCGAGCUGGCCCUACACCGCUAUUUGCCCAAGUACCCACUCGACGCAGCUCUAUGGUACCCGUCUGGUACUGGCGUGGAAAACAGAUAUGUCCAUAAAGCUCUGGAAUUCGCUCUACAAACAAUUCCACUACACCUUGCGGAAUAUAUUCUGAAGACCUUGGGAGUCAAGAUGAGAAUAAGUUUAAUAACAGCUGAGCAAAAAAUGCGCGCCAUGAAUGAAGUUUUGACGUUUUUCGCGUUACGCGAAUGGCACUUUCGCACAGAUAACGUAAAGCGUUUAAGGAAUCGACUCACGCCACAGGACAGAGAGAUAUAUAAUCUGGAUCCACAGACUAUAGACUGGGAUGAGCAAUACAAAAACUUUGUUAAAGGCACCCGCAAGUAUUUAUUAAAAGAAUCAGACGAAAAUAUUCCAGAAGCUGUUCGCCAUGUGAACCGACUAUAUUACCUUCACAAGGGAGUGAUGGCAUUUUCGAUAGUUUUAUUCCUACGGUUGAUUUUACAAAAUAAAUUCAUAAGGGACUUCGUGUACGCUACGCUACGACUAUUGCUGUCUCUUUUUAACGACGCGUACACACAUAUUAUGGGUGUGGAAUGAAAGAGAUAAGAAGAGAUAAUAACACAUAAUUGUAAGAGAAGAUCUUUAUGAAAGUGAAUUCGAAAACGUACAAUUUAAAAUUUUCAUUGUUAGUAAUUAUGUAUAAAGUUUCUUGGGAUUAAUUUAUGACAAAGUAGGAUAAGCAAAAAAAGUCUAGCCUAUGUAAGGAAAAAUGUAGCUUUCUACUUGUGAAACAAAUUUUCAAAAUCGGUCCAGAGUUUUGGGAGCUUAUGUAGCACAAAUAAACAAAAAGCUUUCCUCUUUACAAUAGCGGUGCAGUUUUAUCAAUUAAUGCAUAAAUUAUUCGUUUUAUGUGUUUUGUAACGUGUAAUUAUACUUUUUCAUAUAGAAACAUACAUAGAAAAUAUUUGAAGACAAAAUUCUAUAAAUAACUAGCGGAACUUAAAAUAUUAUAAAGUGACAAAGUAGGUCCUGAGAUUGUCUCGUUCAAACAAACUUCAGCUUUAUGUUAUUAUUAUAUUUAAGUGUAUUAUAAAUUAUUGCUCAAUAUAAAAGCAUUUUAUGCAUUGCAAAUGGGUAUAUAAGAUGCGAAAAGGUUUUAUUAUUAUAAAUUAAUAAGGUCGACUACAAUGUUAUUAACUAGCAUAAUUUACAAUAUAUUAAUUUAAUAAAAUGUAUAAUAUUCCACUAAGACAAGUUAAUAAUAAUUAUUCACUAUGUUGAAACUUGAAAGCUUUAAUAUAACGUUUUAU